UUGGCAUGUUUUAGGUUAUUUUGAUCGGACACGGACAUCCUAGUAUCGGUGCGAAAAUGAGCGUUUAUAUUGCAACUUUAGCAAUUUGACCGUGCGCAAUUAAUUGAGUUCAUAUUCUGCCUCUUUCUUUUAUUUCGUGUGUUUUGUUUCCCCGCCUGCCUGCAAUAGAAUCAGCUGCAGAGUGCUGAAUUGUUGACCCAGACCACUGUCCUGCCAUGGAGUUAGGUGUAGGUCUAUCGGAAGCAAUGCAGAAAAUUUUAGGAAAAGGAAUAUCGGAAAUGGGGAGUCAUUUUCCCCAGUCAAGCUACAUUACCGAAAAAGUGUACCCGCUCCUUCAAGUUUAUCUCCAAAACAAGGGCUGGAAUUCUGCUGAACUCUUACAAUGUUUCUCAGAGUUGAAAGAAGCUUCAAUGCUACCAAGCUUAUCAUACCUGCAAAUGAUUGCUUCCCGAGUUACUCUGGAUUCUCAAAAUAGACUUAUUCUGCGGGAAUCAGGAAAGAUCAUCUUACCCUUUGAACAUUUCGCUAAUGCAGUGAUGUUGAAACAUAUGAAUGGACCCCAUGGACUUCACCUGGGCGUUGAGGGAACUAUCAGAGCUGUCAUGGAUUCCUACACAAUCGGCCGAGAGCAAUUUGGAAUGGAGAAAGAAUUCAUUAUUGAAGUGAUACAAAACUGUCCAAAUCCUGCUUGCCGUUACUAUAAAAAUCAGCUUGACAUGCCGCAUUCUAAAGCUUCAUUCAUCCCAGAACUUCCAGCAAAGACUAAAAUGUCAAGCAAAGGAAACUCAGACUCCAAAGGAUCUGGUUCUGGAGGAGGGUCACUGUCUUCAUUACCGCUGCCUGUGGACCUGACUGCAGCUUUUGAGGCAAGCCUUGCUGCCGCUACUGCCCAAGCCCAGCAGCAGCAGAUGCAGCAAAGGCACCAUCAACAGCAACAGCAGCAACAGCUGUUACACCAACAGCAGCAGCAACAGCAACAAGAAAAGCCGUCCUCAUCGCAACAGUCAUUUUCGCGUCAGUCUUCGUCAGCUUCCAACUCUGUUGCAGGCUCCACUUCAACCACAGCCUCAACACCUACGUCACACAACAACAAAUUAGCAGACUUCCUGAAAGCUAAUUUAGAAAACCUUGACUCUCUCAGUUCUUCCAACAAGGAAUUAUUGGCAGCACACAACGGAGCAUGGACCACAAUCACACACCAUGAUUCUCAUGAACCCCCCGGAAAGCGAACACAGUCUUCCUUGACUGAAGGUAAAAGAUCUGGACAAGAAAAGAUUGUACGUGCAUUUGCUGAAAUCAUGAAGAACAUGGGUCGAAUGAAAACUUGUGUGAGGCCAGCAAUGUGCAAACCGUACGGAAAGCAGUCAGAAGCUCUACAAAAGACAUUAAUUGAUACUAUUCAGUUAGUCCAGUCCUUGAGAUCAUGCUUACCUCCUCCACAUAUUGCUGUCAGUAGUUGGAAGAAUGAAGACAAACACAGAGUAUCCAUGGAGUCAUCUGCAGGUCAAAUGUAACAAAUUUUGCCGCCUAGCUAAGAUUAAUAAAGACUGCAAUCAAACAGCAGACAUCUAGUGGAUAAGCUACUAGAACAACAACUUGGAAUGGAAAGGAAUCAGAAGAGUGUUGAUGAGUCCCUUUUCACACAAAAUGGAAGCGUCUUCUGGACCAAAAAGACUAAAGUCCAGGAAUCAAAUUCUGGUUCUUUACCAAAGAGAAUAGCUUUUAGGAACUUUUUAGCAUAAGUUUUAAAACAGCAAGCUAUCAAGUUGAUAAUGUACAUUUUUUAUCAUAAUGACAAUUCAAUUCACUAAUGUUUUAAGAGCUCCUUCCAGUUGCAUUUCUGAGACCUGGCGCUCUUUUUUCAUCCGGUCCAUACUUCUAAUGUGUUAAUGGGCCUCUAGACAAAGUAUUAAUGAAAUCACAAUGCUACAAGUUUUCUCUCUAAAAUUCCACUAGGAUAACGAAUCGCCCAAUGGGAAGUCUGAAAAUCUACCCCUGAUCAAGAUAUAAGUGUUUUCUAUUGACACAGGUUAAAUCGCAAAUAUACAAAUGACGUCAUUUGUAUGAUCGGACUUUCAUUUGAUCUGUGUCCAAAAGACUUGUUAAUAUUUUGUUCAGGAGUUGAUUUCAAAACUUCCCAUUGUGUAAAUUGUUUUCGACAUAAGAUUUUGCAGAGGAGACAUGUGACGUUUUCUUCUACUUCAAACCAUGGCUAGUGGCCCAUUUUAAUGCAGUAAUCACGUCAACACCCGAGACACAGAAAAAAUGUAGAUAGCACGUCUCUGAAAGAAGUUUGGGAAGAGCUCCUGGAUAUACAUAUAAGUUAAAUUAAUUUUUGUUAUGAUCUGACCUGUGCGUAAUUAGGUUAACUUAAGUUCAUUUCGUCUGUGUGAAAUGUGCCACAAGAUGCCUGUUGAGCUGAUCUUGUUCUAUAUGAGUAACUUUUAAACAAUUUUUGAGAAUUCCCAAAAAGGAAUACCAUGAAUUGAUCGUUGAAACUAAUUAGAAUCUUAUCUCACUAUGAAAAAUUAUCUACGUAAUGGUUCAUCCGCCAAGUAACUAUGAUGCAUAUUUUGUACAGUCUACACACUAGGCAGGAAAGAGUAUGCAUUGGAGUUCUGAAUGAUUUAUGCUGAUCUAAAGGGUGGAAGUCACGCCCAUGAUGUCCUCUGAGACCAAGCUGCAUGGUUUUUAGUAUUGAUAGUCCCCUUGAAUUUCACAUGAUAAAGUGCUUUGCAAAGCGGUGAUCCUAAUAAAUCUGUAGGGUAGAUACACUGAUCGGUCAGAUUUUCAUCUGCUAUUUCAUGAUUCGCAAUUUAAGUUCUAUAAAUUUGCAUUUGAGUGCAUUUAAUAUAGGAAUCCUUUUUAGGUGUACAAGAUACAGUUGCUGUGUAUAUUGUUGGACUAUCAGCUUUUGUAAUUUCUUGUUCACUAAUUUUUAUAUAGUUUUUCGUGCUGUUUUUACAAAAGCGGUAAAAAAUCUCAAAAAUGCUACAAUGUUAGGCAAAAUAUUUGAGAGGAUGGGUAGAGUUUUUCUCUUAACAUUAAAUUAUUAGUAUCUUGAAGCUUUAUUCAGAAGCUUGAGCCAGCUAUUUUUAUGUAUACAUAUGUUAAAGGCACUGUCUCUGAUGCGGAUAGAUAGUGCAAGGGCACUUGAUGACCAUUCUGAAAAAGUUAGGGUUUAAAUGGUUAGGUGAAAUGGAGGAAGCAAAGUUGACAUUACUCCAAGGUGCAGAAGCAUUGUCAUAUCAUCAGAAACAUAAAUCAGAUGUUGUUUUAUGAAAAAUACUCAUCUGUUCAUCAUUAUAAAGGCUUUUUGCCUUAGGGUGAAGUUUCUUCAAAAAUCUGAUUUUUACAAUUUUUAGCAUCAGUUAUGAAUGAUUUAUUUUCCAGGAUCAUCAACUCCAUGAGUUGUACUGUCAAUUGGACUGCAUUUUGCAAUUUGGAACUAUAAAUUCCGGCCCGGUUUAAAAACAACGUAUGUGCCAUUAGUUUCCGUAUGCACAUAAGUGUUUUUUCAAAUGAGCCAGAAUUCAUAGUUCCAAAUUGCAAAAUACAGUCCACUUGUACUGUCACUUGUAAUUUCCUUUUCUUCAGAAAUCUGAAGUUGAAGAGUUGCAUCAUCAAUUGCGGUUUAAUUGGUCUCCAAUAUCUCUUUUUGCCGUAUUUUAUUCUUCUUGUCUGAUGACUCUUGCCUUUAGAUGUUGCCUUUUAUUUUAGUCUUGAAAAACAGCUAAAUAGUGCUGUAUAUCAACUGAAACACUCUAACAUAGUGAAAGGCAUUAUUUGUGAUCUACUCUGAAAGAAUUACUUCAAAAUCACUAAAAAUGUCCACUAAAAUACCAGUUGUUGCCUGCAUCCAAUCAGAGGAUGGUACUGUCAGUCAGAUUUUGCCACAUUUUUGGCACGCAUGCUGAGCAAAGGACCAUCUUGCUAAAACGAAAAUUCUCAAAAAUUUGACAUGUUGUAACAUGUCACCCGAUCCACUAGGGGCAGCUAUGCAGAGGUACCCAGCAUAGGACAGCUAAUACCAGAAAUCCAGGACAUCGUUAUCUAUUGCACUAAAUUGGGCUGUGGCCAAACUGGCUGGCCAACAUCGUCAAUGACAAGGCUAAAUUCGUCACAGACAUUUCAAAAUGACAAUCAGCCAAAGAUGCUUUGUUAACAGUAUAGAUCUACUGUUCUUAAUCUGCUCAACUUUUUUGUGAAAAUUCUCAAAAAUUACGUUUUUUAAAAAUUUUCUGAAUAAUCAGCCCCAAGCUGUCUAUUUUUUUUUUUUUCUCUCAAUAAUACUCAACCGCUCAGAUCGUAAUUGACCUUACACUCUGACCCUUAAAAAGUUCCUUAACUGGAAAAGGUUAAAAGCCAGGAGUGAAAUAAAACGAUGACUGCAAAGGAGAUGGCUAGAACUUUGUUCUCUAUUUUCACUCUCAUGAAACAUGUUAAAUAAAAAAAUUACAGGAAAAUUGGCAAAAUGAACGUUUCAUUCUAAAAGAAUAGUUUCAGAGAACCUUGUAGGUAAAUGAAUUUUGGUCAUUUAUCACCUUUGAAAUCACUUAAGUUUCAGCAUGGGCGUACUUCAGGCGUUGCACAGCAAGUGUAAUAGAUGUUACCCAGUCACACUUAUUUUUACACUACAUUUCAUAUGAAUUUCUCUUUAAUGUAUUUACAUGAAAUACGCAUCAAUUUGGUUUUCAUCUAAGAAACUGCCAGGUUUUCCUUCAGUCUCAAAAAUUUAAGCUAAGCAAACUGUUUUGUCAUGAGUUAAUUAAGUGUUUCAGUGAAAGCUGUGAUAUUGUUGUCUUGGAGUUUCAACUCCUGCAGUCUGCUUCACAAGCAAUUUUGUGAAAAUUAGUCAAACAUGUUUAUUUUCCAGGUUAAAAACUUGGUGAAUUUGAUUUAAAGACUUCCUAGAGAAAAGAAAUAGUUCACAACAUUUUAAAUGUUUGGUUGACUGAGUUUUAAUUUUAAGUUUAAUAUUUUGAAUCCUGUACAGUUGUCAUCAGUCUCAACCUAUGGCCAGAUGAGUUUUUGGCCAGUAAAAUUUUCUUUUGUUUACCACAGCUAGGUUUUACAUUUACUUCAAGAACUGUACAUUGUCGACAGUCUUUUAAAAUAUAAUUUAUUAUCUGUCUUGUGAAAA